AGCUUGCGAUCGCAGUUGCACAUGUCGCCCGGUAAAGCUUGCAGACAUACACAGAGCGGAGUCUCGAAUUAAACACCAUAACAAACACGAGCAUAUAAUGGAAAUACAAAGCCAACCAGAGAAUCCUGGCUCGCUUACUGAAACAUGUGUUAUCACGGACAGUGUUAGAGUGUUGCUUGAUCUCAAGAAAUACUCUGUUACUGACACGCAGGAAACAGGUGAUCUCCAGAAACAAUCUACUGUUGACACGCAGGAAACAGGUGAUCUCCAGAAACAAUCUACUGUUGACACGCUGGAAACAGGUGAUCUCCAAAAACACACAUAUUCUGGGGGUCAAGCAAACCUGUCUCCUAUGUGUAGUGAGAGCGGGAAAACAUUUAAGAGAUCACGUGACAUUGUGACUUAUGAAUGUGUUAUAUGUGGGCAGACGUUCGCGAAAUCAGGUUCUAUAAGGUCACACAUGAAGAUUCACAUUGGAGUCAAGUCUUAUCAGUGCAUCGUGUGUGAGAAACUAUUCAAGUGUCCAAGUGCUCUGCAGAUACACAUGAGGAUUCACAGUGGAAUCAAGCCUUAUCAGUGUGUUGAAUGUGGGAAAACAUUUUCAACCUCAAGUAGCCUGAAAACACACAUGAGGAUUCACAGUGGAAUAAAGCCUUAUCAUUGUGUUGAAUGUGGGAAAACAUUUAGACAAUUAUCUAAUCUGCAGGCACACAUGAAGAUUCACAGUGGAAUCAGGCCUUAUCAGUGCAGCGUGUGUGAGAAAACAUUUAAACAUUCAUAUACUCUGCAGACACACUCUUGGAUUCACAGUGAAACCAAACCCUAUCAUUGUGAUGAAUGUGGGAAAACAUAUGUACUAGCAAGAAGUCUGCGGACACACAAGAUGAUUCACAGUGGAAUCAUGCCUUAUCAGUGCAGUGAAUGUGGGAAAGGAUUCAGAGAGUCAUGUAACCUGAAGAUACACAUGAGGAUUCACACUGGAAUCGAGCCAUAUCAGUGCAUCGUGUGUGAGAAAACAUUUAAACAUUCACAUAGUCUGCGGAACCACAUGAGAAUUCAUUGUGGAAUCAAACCUUAUAACUGCGUGGAAUGUGGGAAAACAUUUACAGAAUCAGGUACUCUACGGUCACACAUGAAGAUCCACAGUGAAAUCAAACCAUAUCAGUGUGUUGAAUGUGGAAAAGGAUUUAGACGGCCAAGUAGCCUUAAGAAACAUAUGAGGAUUCAUUGUGGAAUAAAACCUUAUCAGUGUGUUGAAUGUGGGGAAAAAUUAGGAGACUCGAGUAACCUGAAGAGACACAUGAAGACUCACAGUAGAAAGAAGGCUUAUCAGUGUGUUGAAUGUGGGAAAACAUUUACUGUAUCGAGGAAACUGAAUAUCCACAUGAGGAUUCACGGCGGAAACAAGCUUCAUCAGUGCAUUGUGUGCCAGAAAACAUUCACAAUAUCAGGUACUCUGAAGACACACAUGAGGAUUCACACUGGAAUAAAGCCUUAUCAAUGCGUUGAAUGUGGGAAAUCAUUUGCGCGAUCAGAUAGUCUUCUGACGCACAAACGGAUUCACAGUGGAGUCAAGCCUUAUCAGUGUGUUGAAUGUGGUAAAGCAUUCAGAGACUCUAGUUGCCUGCGGGCACAUAUGAGGAUUCACAGUGGAAUAAAGCCGUAUCAGUGUUCUGAAUGUGAAAAAACAUUUACUCAUUCAGGUAAUUUACAGCAACACAUGACGAUUCACAGUAGAGUCAAGCCUUAUCAGUGCAGUGAAUGUGGGAAAGGAUUUAGUUUGUCACGUUACCUGAAGUCACACAUGAGGAUCCACAGUGGAAUCAAGCCUUGUCAGUGAGUUGAAUGUCGGAAGCCAUUUGCAAACUCGUGUACUCUGAAGUCACACAUGAGGAUCCGCAGUGGAAUCAAGCCUUGUCAGUAAGUUGAAUGUCGGAAGCCAUUUGCAAACUCGUGUACUCUGCAGGCACACGUGAGGAUUCACCGUGGAAUCAAGCCUUGUCAGUAAGUUGAAUGUCGGAAGCCAUUUGCAAACUCGGGUACUCUGAAGUCACACAUGAGGAUCCACAUUGGAAUCAAGCCUUGUCAGUGAGUUGAAUGUUGGAAGCCAUUUGCACACUCGUGAUCUCUGCAGUCACACGUGAGGAUCCACAUUGGAAUCAAGCCUUGUCAGUGAGUUGAAUGUCGGAAGCCAUUUGCACACUCGUGUUCUCUGCAGUCACACAUGAGGAUCCACAGUGGAAUCAAGCCUUGUCAGUAAGUUGAAUGUCGGAAGCCAUUUGCACACUCGUGUACUCUGAAGUCACACAUGAGGAUUCACAGUGGAAUCAAGCCUUGUCAGUGAGUUGAAUGUCGGAAGCCAUUUGCACACUCGUGUACUCUGAAGUCACACAUGAGGAUUCACAUUGGAAUCAAGCCUUGUCAGCGAGUUGAAUGUCGGAAGCCAUUUGCACACUCGUGUACUCUGCAGGCACACAUGAGGAUCCACAGUGGAAUCAAGCCUUGUCAGUAAGUUGAAUGUCGGAAGCUAUUUGCACAUUCCUGUACUCUGAAGUCACACAUGAGGAUCCACAGUGGAAUCAAGCCUUGUCAGCGAGUUGAAUGUCGGAAGCCAUUUGCACACUCGUGUUCUCUGCAGUCACACAUGAGGAUUCACAGUGGAAUCAAGCCUUGUCAGCGAGUUGAAUGUCGGAAGCCAUUUGCACACUCGUGUUCUCUGUAGUCACACGUGAGGAUCCACAUUGGAAUCAGACUCCUGUGGAAACAGAUGAGGAGUAUCAGUGGAAUCAAGCCUUGUCAGUGAGUUGAAUGUCGGAAGCCACUUGCACACUCGUGUUCUCUGUAGUCACGUGAGAAUACACAGUGGAAUCAGACUCCUGUGGAAACAGAUGAGGAUUAUCAGUGGAAUCAAGCCUUGUCAGUGUGUUGAAUGUGGGUAAACAUUUUCAGAAUCACGUAAUCAGCAACUACACAUGAGGACUCACAGUUGAAUGAAAACGUAUCAGUGCAUUGUCUGUCAGAAAACAUUUAUGCUAUCAGAUAAUCUAAGGACACACAUAAUGAGUCAUAGUGGAAUCAAAAAAGUAUAUGUGUGUUGAAUGUGGGAAAGGAUUUACAUGGUCAUAUGCCCUGCAGAAACACAUGGCGAUUCACACUUGAUUGAAUCUUUACAUUGAAUGCUACACUGUAGCAAGUUGGCGUUCCCUGUUGCGUAUUUUGAUAAAUGUUAAAAAAACAAAAGUUGUACAUUA